GUCCGAUCCGUAGAACCCUUCCGCAUUCGAGCUUCAAAUCCCAAAAACCCGUAGUAUCCUUUGAGCGUUUCUCCGGAGAAAAGUUCAGAUCGUUCGGAGAUGAUGAAGCGUCUGAUUCCGACGUUCAACCGCGUCCUGGUGCAGAAAAUCGCCCAGCCGGCGAAAACCGACGCCGGCAUUCUCCUCCCGGAGAAAUCAGCCAAACUGAACUCUGGUAAGGUCAUAGCUGUGGGACCGGGCUCAAGGGACAGGGACGGCAAAUUGAUUCCGGUUUCGGUUAAGGAAGGCGACACUGUUCUUCUUCCUGAGUACGGUGGUACUCAAGUCAAGCUCGGCGAAAACGAGUUUCAUCUCUUCAGGGACGAAGACAUCAUGGGCACACUGCACGACGAGUGAUGGAGAAAAAAGCUUUAAGUUGCCAAACCGAGUUUGAGGUUUAUUAGUGUGUGCAUUACGUGGGAUAAAUCAUUGGCAGUCGACUAACUUUGGACAAUGUCCAUAGACGUUUGUCAUCAUCAUUGCCCAGUUGAAACUUGAAAUCUGCCUCUCAGGAGCUAUCUUAGUCCGCAUCCACUUUAUUCAUCUCCUUUAUUUU